AUGGCUAAAGGUAAUUCAUCAUCUAAACCAUCACCAAAAGAGCAACCUACCGAUAAAAAAGGAAGCGAUAAAAGUGGUAAAGAUAAAGGCGCCUCAAGCAAUGCGAAAAACUCAAAAGACGAUAAAGAUUCAACAAAAAAUAAAGCACCUGUUGCUAAAGGUGGUAAAGAUAAAGGCGCCGAUGCCCCAAUUGCACCACCUGUUCAAGAAAAACCAAGAUGGACUGGUAAAACUCCAGUACAAUAUUUGAAUGAAUAUUGUCAAAAAAAUCAAAUGGAUAAACCAAUAUUUCAAGAGUCGAAAUGUAAACCGGGCAAAUUUAAGUAUCAAGUGACUUUAACAUUUGAGGGUAAAAAGAAACAAAAAACUCAAAAAUCAUAUACAACAGAUACACCAUUUGAAAGCGUACAAGAGGCAAGAGCGUAUUCAGCACUAGUUGCACUUUAUGAUUUAUGUGCCAAUACAACAAUUUAUAAACUAUUCCCACCAGAGUUUACUAGUUACUGGCAACAGUUGGACCAAGUUGCAAAAGUUGAGGCGGAAAAAAUGAAAAUAGAGCAAGAAGAGCAACAAAAACUCGAGCAAACUCAAGAAAAACCUCCAUCACAUACACAAGUUAUUCCACAAAUUCAUUUAUCAGAGGAGUCUAUGAGAAUUGUACACUCAUUGGUAUUGGAGCUAGGUAUUGGCAGUUCUGGUGCAAAAGAUCAACAAUCAUUUGAAGAAAGAAAACAUUUGGACGAAAAAGAAAGAGAGCUUAUUUUAUCAUCAUUAGUUGAAUUAGGUUUUAGAGAGAGCGACAUUGAACAGGCAUUAUUAAAUAUUAGCAACCACACAAAUAUCGAAGGAAUUAUAGAAUGGUUAUGUUUAAACAUACCAAACUCAUUCCUACCGGUUCAAUUCAGACCCAAGACUGUUGGUUUAGAAAAAAAGGGCGGUGCUACCAGCGACCAAAUAUUACCAACUACCAUGGUCGAUAUCAAUAAACCGAUUUAUAGUAGAUUAAAGAGCGAGUUUGAAAACAUGGGAUUCUUAAAUAGAGAUAUCAGUAAAAUUAUAGGCCAAUCAAAGGUUGAAACCAAUGACGAAAUGGAUAUGUUCUUUAAGGUCUAUUACAAGUUUUUCAAAUUAGAAAAUAAAGAAAGUACAUUAAAUAAGGAGGAAUCAAUUGAACAAAUCAAUGAUGAAAAGUCAGCAUUAGAAUCAAUAUAUAUGAAUAAUGAAAUCGAUUUUAAACAUAUCGAUACAUUUUAUCAAUAUCAAUAUAGCGGAAAUGAUAAUCAGAACACAAAACAAUUUAAACUAUUUAUUUAUAUUCCAGAAUUUUGUUGCUAUCCAAACUCACUCCCAAUUAUUACAUUUACAUCCAAUAAAACCACCCAAUUAACAAACCAAACUGUUGUUAGAUCAUUGUUAAACGAAUUAAAAGAAACCUCAAUUGGUAUACCGAUGAUAUUCAAUAUUAUAGCAUGGAUCGAUAAUAAUCAAACUGAUAUUUUAAAUAACAAAUUAAAAACAUUAGACCCAAUAAAUAUUGAUCAACAAUUUAAUAAUAAUAGUAAUAAUAAUAACACAGACUCACCACUUUCAUCAUCCUCCUCUUCAAUUAGUUCAUCAUUUUCAAAUCUAUCAAUUGACUCAGGUGUAUCAUCAAAUAAAUCAACGAAAAAUAAAAAGAAUGUUGAUUAUAGUAAUAAGCUUACCAAUCAAGAAAAAGAAAAGAUAAAUAAAGAUUUAUUAGAAAACUAUGAAAAAUUAAUUGCAAAAGAUUUAGAUAAAACACAAAUAAAUAAGAAGCGUCAACUAUUACCAGUCUAUAAAAGAAAGGAGGAGUUCCUAAAAGCAUUGGAUGCUAAUCAAGUAUUAGUAGUCACUGCAGAAACUGGUUGCGGUAAAAGUACUCAAAUACCUCAAUAUAUUUUAGAAUCAUUUGUAAAGAGCGGUAAAGGUUCUGAAUGUAAUAUUGUAUGUACACAACCAAGAAGAAUUUCAGCAAUUGGUGUUGCAGAAAGAGUUUCUUAUGAAUGGAAUUGCGGCGAUAAUGGUGCAAUUGGUCAGAUGGUUGGUUAUCAAAUUAGAAAUGAGUCAAAGAGAUCAGCAUCAACAAGACUUUUAUUUUGUACAACUGGUAUUCUCCUUAGAAGAAUUUUAGACGUCAAUAGUAUUGCCAAUGUAUCUCAUAUCAUUAUUGAUGAGGUUCAUGAAAGAUCAACUGACAAUGACUUCCUCUUAAUUAUUCUUCGGGAAAUUAUUUCCAAGAGAAAGGAUUUAAAGAUUAUUUUAAUGUCUGCUACAUUGAAUGCGAAUCAAAUAUCAAACUAUUUCAAAUGUAACCAAGAUAGUAUAUUUUCAAUUCCAGGCUUUACAUAUCCAGUUAAAAAUAUAUAUAUAGAUGAAAUAUUAUCAAACUUAAGCAAAUACAAUCCAAACUAUAAAGAUACAAUAUCCACAACUACAACAACUACAACAACUACAACUACAGCAAUAGCCGAUCCAAACCAAGAGUUGGAAUUAAAAUUAAAUCAAAAUAAAAUUAAUUUUGAUCAAAAGAGAAUUAAUUAUGAUAUUGUCGAAUCAUUAAUAUUAUAUCUGGUAUCAACUGUAGUUAAAAAAAAUAAAUCAAUACUUGUAUUUUUACCAGGUUUGGGCGAUAUAUUGGAACUAUGCUCAAGGUUAUCAAAACCAGCAAACUCUUUUACUGAAUUUAUUUGUAAUAAGAUUUGGUGUGUUCCAUUACACUCAUCCCUUUCGCCACAGGACCAACAAAAAGUUUUUGAAAGUGCACCAAAUGGUAAAAUUAAAAUUGUAAUAUCAACAAACAUUGCUGAAACAUCCAUUACCAUCGAAGAUGUUGAAAUAGUAGUCGAUUGUGGUCGUGUUAAUCAAAUGUCAUAUAACUCAAUUACGCGUGCAUCUGUUAUGGAGGAAACAUGGACAUCAAAAGCAUCAUGUCGUCAACGUGCUGGUCGUGCUGGUCGUACCUCAUCUGGUCUUUGCUAUAAAGUUUUUACUAAAGCUAUGGAAUCACAAUUCCAAGAUCAAGAUACACCAGAAAUACUUCGUACAUCACUCCAACAAUUAUGCUUACAUGUUAAGCUCUUUAUUGGUAAUGAAAAGAAAACCACCAUCCAACAAUUUUUAUCUAACGCUAUUGAGCCACCAAGCUCAGAGCAAAUUCAGUCAUCAAUCAACGAGCUUAUUUCAAUCGAUGCUUUGGAUAUCACCGGCAAUUCCCAAACCCUUACACCUCUUGGACACCAUCUUGCAUCAUUACCAGUCGAUGUAUAUAUAGGUAAAAUGCUAUUGUUUGGAUGUAUAUUCCGUUGUAUCGAUCCAAUGCUUACCAUUGCAGCAACUUUAAGCUCAAAAUCACCCUUCUUAAAUCCAUCAGAUAAAAAGAUAAGACCACAUCAGAAAUUUGCAUCACAUCAAAGUGAUCACCUUAUGUUUGUCAAUGCCUAUAAUCAAUGGAGAAAAGCGAUUGCUGACGGAAAUGAAUACCAAUUCUGUAAAGAUAACUAUCUAUCAAUUUCAACACUUCGUACUAUUCAAGAUUUAAAGAUUCAGUUUGUAGAAAUCCUUUCAGACAUUGGUUUCUUACCAAGUGGUAUCACAAUGAAAAAGAUGAUUAAAUACCAAAAAAUCAAUAAGCUCAAUGGAACUGAUGGCAUUGAGGAUAUUUGUGGUUACAUUUACAACUCCAACUCUACCAAAACUAAAAUUAUUAAUAGUGUACUCUGUGCUGGUAUGUAUCCAAAAGUUGGUCGUAUAGAUUUACCAGAUGCCAAAUACUCUCAAACAGCAAGUGGUGCCAUUAGAAACAAAUUCCAACCAGAGGACUUGAUGAUCCAAACUAAAUUACCACCAAGCUCAGUAUCAACUCAAUCCGAACAACAACAGUUAGAACUUGAAAGAGUAUUUGUUCAUCCAAGGUCUGUGAAUAUGAGUGAAGGUGAUUACGUUUAUCCAUUCAUCAUAUUCAAUGAUAAAGUUAAAACAUCCAGAAUGUUUAUCCAUCAAAUUAGUAAUCUAUCACCCUUAACAUUACUAUUAUUUUCAUUAGGUGGAUUAAUCGAAAUAGACAAAUCAUAUCAAGAAAUAACAUUGGAUCAUUGGUUAAAAUUUAAAGCAACAUCAGGCAAAAUUAUAGUAUUAUUAAAAGAAAUCAGAAUUUUAUUUAACCAUUUAUUAAAGAAAAAAAUUGAACAACCAAAUUAUUCAGCAUCAACCUCAAUUAUUAUUGAUAUUAUUACAAAACUAGUUUUAUCAGAGGGUUAUUUAUAA